UUUCUGCCGGACACUAUUUUUAGAAGUUCGAACUACUUCAUACAACAUGGCAACUUAAUCAAAAGUAAAUGGUUAAUGGCUUCUACCUUUCGAUAGAGUCUUUAUGAGAAAGAUCUACCUACUGAAAACGAUAAAUGGUUAAAAAUGCAAUUUUAUUCUGAUACAAAUGAUAGAAAAAAUUUAUCAAUCAUUGCAUAAAUAAUUAAAAUGAAUAUAUGCGUGUGAUAUUCGUAAAUAAUAUUAAAUUAGCUUAAACUUUGUAAGACUAGGAAAGGAGAUUAUAAAGAAAUCCACAAAACUACGAACGUUGCAUCGUUCACAAUUAUAAACUACUAUCGGUUUUAUGUCCGAUGCGAAGAAUUAUCAAAUACGAGACGAUUUUUAUAAGGAAACAUUGCACUAGGUGACAUGCCUAGCAGCCGUGACAUCGACCGUGUUGAUCGUAAUGGAAGAUUCAAAUCAAGACGACGAGAAAGUAUUGUUAAUGAUAUAAAUCGACAUGGGUAUGAAUCAACCGAAAAGAGACACAGAAGACACGGUAAAAGUCGAAAUUCCGGAAAGAAAAAAAAGAAAAGAUCUAGAGACGAGUCUCUGGAAACAAUUCCAAGUAUUGCUUCAAGUGUUGUGAAACCAUUGGUGGAGUAUUCUGAUGUGAGUAGUGAAGAUUUAUCAGAGCCAGAAGCUGGAGAAAUACAAUCUGAAGAAAGCCGGGCUAAUAGUUUCACAGACAAUGAAAUUAACGAUCGAUUAUUACAAUCACGGUUUUAUGGAAAUAGUCCAAAUCAGGGACUUGGACCAUCACCAAUUAGUUUUUCACCUUCGCCGCCAUCAACGCAUUGUCAUACAACACAAAAUUAUUCGCCAAACGAUAAAUCAGACAUAAUUCAUCAUGAUUCACCGGAAUUUGGCGAAGAAACUCGUCGUCACUCAAGAAGGAAAGAAAAAAAACAUAGACGAGAAAAGAAGAAAAAAAUAAGUUUAAGUCCUUGUUCAAGUUCAUCAAGAAAAAGGAAAAGAAAAUCAAAGCGCACAUCACCCAGUCUUAGUCCUGAAUUAAUAGAAGACAUCACAUUAAGUUCAGAAAGAGAAAAAGUUUCAGAAAAGUGGUUAGAAUCACCACUAAUGCCAUUGAAAGACAAUACUUCACCAAUUUCUCCAGCAACACCUUGUGAACAAAGAUCCCCAAGUGAUAUGGAUCUUGAAUCUCCUCAGAGAAAUGAUAACACAACUCCUCCACCUGCAAUAUCAGUUUCUUCAAGACGUACUGAAUCACCUCACACACCUUUGCUUCCUCCUAGACAGCCAAUAACUCCUGAAAAAGGUAGUCCAUCAAAACACUCUCCAGAAAGAAUAAAACGCAGUUCCAGUGUACAUCGUUUAAAAAGAAGCAUAACUCCUUCUGUUGUAUUAAGUAAUAGUAGAAGACGAGCUCAUAGUCCUAGUCCUUUUUCAAAAAGAAGAGACUACAGUCCACCAAAAAGAAGAGAAUAUAGUCCUAAUUCUAUUCUUCAUAGAGUAAGACAUUCUCCUAGCCCAAACCGACGACGUGAAAUUAGUCCAAGUCCUUCAGGACAUCGUCGACGUGAUUUUGUAUCGUCUGGAUCACCAACUAGUAAACGAAGAAAACGAGAAGAUUCGAAUCGUCGACAUAGGCAUCAUGAAAAAGAUAGAAGAGAAAAACGUAAAUCUCGACCAACAAAAAGUCCAUCUAACAGAAAUUUACCUUUUCCUUUAUCUCGAUCGCGUUCACGAAGUUCAGGAAGAUGGAGAAAAUUUUCACGUUCGCGAUCUAAAUCACGAAGAAGAAGCCGUACACCCAAAAAGUCAAGAUCCCCCAGUAAAUUACAAAAAUCAAUAAGAAAACAUAGGUCUAAGAGUCCCAGAUCAAAUAUGAGGUUAUCACCACCAUUAAGGACACGCGCUCGUAGCCCAAUGAGCAUGAAAGCUAUCAAUUUACGAGGACAAGCAAAAAUUAAUGAGACCAGUCUUUUUGCAGAAUUGGUAAAAGACAGAAAUAUGAGGGAAUUGGCUUAUAAAAAACUUCAAGAAGCGAAAGAAAAAGCCACUAAUCAAGAUGAUAUUCAAAUUAUUGAAGGUAGUGAUGAAAAUGAUGGUAAUAACAUUUUAAACAGCAAAUCAACUUUAGAUAAAUCUAAUGGACGUCCUCAAGCUUCUGAUUCUGUUAAAUCUAUUGACAUUGUUAAUAUUCCAGUUCCCAUAAAUGUUGAAAAAAGUGAAAAUAGUGAAGGACUUACGCCACCAUUUCCAACCCUGUCAUCAGUAUCAUCUAUUCAAUCUUUGCCAAUGAAUACACAAAAUCCUUUAACACCUCCGACCAAUAAUACACUCAUUGAUAACAUUUCAAAUUCUGUUAAAACACCUCCUCUUACUGAGACAACAAUUUCUACUCAACCAUCUCCAGUGCCUGUUUUAAGUGGAGUAAUUGCAACUUCAGUUACCGGUGUACCAACAACUAAUAUGACAACAGCUACCAAUGUUAUAGCAAAAUUUAACACUCCGAAUAAUUUAGUUCCAAUUAAAUCUGUUGAUCCUCCAAAGACUCCAAUUGUUAAAUUCAAAACUAAAAGUUUAUCAAAACUUCCACUUCCACCUGGAAUAAAUCAGAAUGAUUUAGAAAGCAUUGACUCUCCACCAAGUAGAUCUCCAAGUCCACAAAGGCCCAAACUUAAUGUAGUUUCUAAUACUAAAGUUGGUGUUAAAAAAAGUAUUAAGGAUUUACCAAUGCCUCCAGUUGCUCCGGGUUCUGAUGAAUUUUCAGGUGAAGAAGAUCCUAAUGUCACACCACCUAGAGGAGUACUUGAUCGUAUUGCACCAAAACCAAAACUUAAACGACCCAAAAUUUUAAAGAAGAAAAAUUCGAGAAAUUGUCAUGUUCCUAUGUCAGCUUCUGGAGGUAAAGAUUGGGGUGAACGAUGUGUCGAUGUUUUUGAAGUAAUUGCACAAAUUGGUGAAGGCACUUAUGGUCAGGUUUACAAAGCCCAAGAUAAAAGAGCUGGUGUGCUUGUGGCAUUGAAAAAAGUUCGUUUGGAAAAUGAAAAAGAAGGAUUCCCUAUCACAGCCGUUCGAGAGAUCAAAAUUUUACGACAAUUGAAUCACAAAAAUAUUGUCAACCUUAGAGAAAUAGUCACUGAUAAGCAAGAUGCUAAAGAUUUUAGAAAAGAUAAAGGAUCUUUUUAUCUUGUAUUUGAAUACAUGGAUCAUGAUUUAAUGGGAUUGUUGGAAUCAGGAAUGGUAAAUUUUAAUGAAAUGAAUAAUGCUAGUAUUAUGAAGCAAUUAUUAGAUGGUUUAAAUUAUUGUCAUGGAAAAAAUUUUCUGCAUAGAGAUAUUAAAUGUUCUAAUAUUUUAAUGAACAAUCGGGGUGAAGUAAAAUUAGCAGAUUUUGGUCUCGCAAGACUUUAUAAUGCUGAAGAUCGACAAAGACCGUAUACCAAUAAAGUAAUUACAUUAUGGUAUCGUCCACCGGAGUUACUUCUUGGCGAAGAACGUUACGGACCAGCAAUUGAUGUCUGGAGUUGUGGUUGCAUACUUGGAGAGUUAUUUUGUAAAAAACCAUUAUUCCCGGCAAACGUCGAAAUGAUACAACUAGAAAUGAUUUCUCGAGUUUGUGGUACGCCAACUCCGGCAGUGUGGCCUUCUGUGAUAAAGUUACCACUUUGGCAUACUUUAAAGCCCAAAAAAACACAUAGAAGACGAUUGAGAGAAGAUUUUUCUUCAAUGCCAGCUCCUGCGCUUGAUUUACUCGAUAAAAUGUUAGAACUGGAUCCUGAGAAACGUAUUACUGCUGCUGAUGCUUUAAAAAGUGCUUGGUUAAAAAAUAUUCAACCAGAAUUAAUGCCUAUACCUGAACUACCUAAAUGGCAAGAUUGUCAUGAACUUUGGUGUAAAAGACGUCGUCGACAGUUAAGGGAACAACAAGAGAAUGCAAAUAUUGGCAUUAAUCUUUGAAGAAAAGGAAGAUAUAUAAUUACUGACAUAAUCUACAUCAACAUAAUUUUUUAUCAGUGGAAAAGAAAUUGUAUAUUUUCUGCAUUGUCUUCAAUUGAUGCACGAACAAUUUAAAGAAACAGGCUCUUCGUGAAAUGGUUAAAAAAAAAGAAGUACGUGAUACAAUUUUUAAUUAAUCAUUUCGUACACGUACAUAAUUAUAGCAUUGUUGAAAUUUUUAAAAUCUAAAGUAAACUGCUUUGUUUUUAUAUUUUAAUCAAUUAAUUUAAAGUCAAUUAAUUGAUUAAUGUAAUAAUAUUUACAAUAAUAAUGAUCAUAAUAAUACCUUUACUUUAUUUCCAUGUCCUGAUCCAAUCGAUGAAAAAACACAAAAAAAUGAUUCUUAAUUAAAAUUAAUCAAUAAUCAUUAUAAAAUGUAAAUAACUAUAAAAUUGAAAUAAUGUAAUAUGUCAAGACAAUAAAUUUCAAAGUCAUCAUAAUUAGUGGAAAUACGAAGUACAGAAAAUAAAUGGAAACUCAUCGGGGAAGUAUCAUAUAAUUUAAUAUUUUUUUAAUUUGAAACGUAAUCUAUGAUUUUAUUUCAAUUAAAUCGUUCACGACUUGAAAUUGUCAAAUUGAAAAAGAAAAAAAAACAAAUAAAAU